AUGUUGGUACUCGUACAAGGUUCCCUACUUGAAUGUGUUUUUACAAUCGUUGGAUUCAUAACAACUGCUUGCAUCGUAUUUCUGUGUAAAAGCAAAAAGAAAAGUAAAAGGCGCAGUGCUGCAGGUAUGGUGAGGUUGCUGCCCGGCCAGUUCCAUGAGGAGUCGAAAUACGAGUAUUCCACGCAACCACAAGAUCCUAUGAUAACGGCUCUCCAGUUCGAGGAUGAGAAAAAGCCGCCACCGGUGCUGGCUGAGACAGGCAGAACGGAGCUGAACGUGGAUGUUACCGAGGCAGGAGGAGAGACAGGUUUCGCAACAGCGUUUGGACAGGAUGCAGUAAAUAAAGAUGUGCAGAGAAGUGAAGUGAAAUCAUCAGCAACUAACGUACAAAAAACUGAGAAGUCUGCAGUAGUUAAGUCAUUAAACAAGUCGAAAUUUGGCUUCAUUCAAGGGCGAAAGUCUAAACCAAGCAAGAUCAGGUAUGUUUUCUUUAUUCGUUGA